AUGAAGCUGCUCUCUACCGCCGCCUUGCUUGCAGGUGUUGCUGUGUACGAUGCCUGCGCUCGUGGUCUUCAGCAUGUCGGCAAGCUCCAGUCCAACUACGUUGAUGCUCAUCAGCGAGCUGCCGACCGAACCUCCCGUCUGCUCGCAAACAAGCAGUCACACUCUGCUGUCACUGGCAACACCAUCCACUUGAACAACAAGACACAGCCCUUUUUGGUCAAUGGAACCGGUGUCCCCGAUAUCGAUUUUGACCUCGGCGAGUCCUACGCUGGAUUGAUGCCCAUCAGCUCCAACCCCGACGAGGAACGCAAACUCUACUUUUGGUACUUCCCCACCAAGAACCCCAAGGCCAGCAAUGAGAUCACCAUCUGGAUGAACGGCGGACCCGGUUGUUCAUCGCUAGAGGGCUUGUCGCAGGAAAAUGGACCUUGGAGUUGGCAAUAUGGAACCUAUAGACCUGUCCCAAACCCAUGGACUUGGCAAAACUUGACUAACAUCGUCUGGGUCGAGCAGCCUGUCGGUACAGGCUUCUCGCAGGGAAAGCCCAACAUCACUACCGAGGCAGAGCUUGCUGAGCAGUUCAAAGGCUUCUUCCGUAACUUUGUUGAUACUUUUGAUCUGCAGAAUCGAUCGGUUUAUAUUACCGGUGAAUCGUACGCUGGUCAGUACGUUCCCAACAUUGCAAGCAGCAUGCUUGACGAGAAGAACAAGGAGUACUUCAACGUUACUGGUAUCAUGAUCUAUGACCCAUCGAUCAAUGCGGAUACCAUCACCGAGCAAGUUCCCACCGCUGCUUUUGUCGACUACUGGGGCGGUCUCUUCCCCUUCAACGACACAAUAAAGGCACAGAUCAAAGAGAUGGACGAGAAGUGUGGAUACACAAAGUACCUCGAAGAGCACCUCACCUUCCCUCCCAAGGGCAAGUUCCCUGACCCACACCCGACCACCGAUGAUUGCGACAUCUUCGACUUUGUCUACAAUGCCAUCUUCGACGUGAACCCUUGCUUCGACAUCUACCAAGUCGCUACCACCUGUCCUAUUCUUUGGGACAUCAAUGGAGGCCCUGGUUCCGGAGACUACCUCCCACCUGGUGCUUCGCUCUACUUCAACCGUACUGAUGUCAAGAAAGCCAUUAAUGCACCCGUCAACACCACCUGGCUCGAAUGCUCCGCUGGCAACGUCUUCAACACCAAAUCCGGUCUUGACAAGGGCGCUGAAGAAGGUCACUUCAGUUCCAUCACUGUUCUUCCCGGCGUCAUUGAUCGCGUUGAACGCACCGUCAUCGGCCACGGAAUGCUCGACAUGGUCCUCUUCAUGAACGGAACUCUCCUGUCGAUUCAAAACAUGACCUGGGGCGGUCAGCAAGGAUUCCAGAACCCGAUCACAGAUGACUUCUACAUCCCUUUCCAUAAUGAUUACCAAAAAGCAACCCUCGCAGCCGCCGGCAAGUUGGGAAAGACGAUCACGGAGCGCAAAUUGACCUUCGUUUCCAUCGACUUGAGUGGACACAUGGUCCCGCAGUAUGCUCCAUCCGCUGCCUUCCGUCAUCUCGAGUUUUUGCUUGGAAGAGUGGAUAGCUUGAGCAGCAAGCAACCAUUCACCUUCUUUGACAAUAGGCUUGAGGCUCAGAAUGGAGCUUUUGAUGAUAAGAGGCGAAGGUCGAUCGAGGAUGGAAAGGCGAGUGAAUUGCAGGCCAGACAGCUUCAGUACCGUGGUCUUUCUCAGCCGGAGAUCAGCGAGAUCAUUGCAGAGUCUUUCUAA